AACACUGUUGUACAGCAUUCACCGGAAACAGUCCCUAAAAUUUUGCUAAAUGCAGCUUGAGUUGUUGGGUGAUCACUCAAAUACAAGUAUAGAGGGAAAUCUGUAUUUUAUAUUAAAAACGGAUUUUGAUACAGAUAAUGCGUUUCGACUUGAUUUAGUGAUUUUGCAAAGAUAGCAGUUUGGAAUUUUAAAGUUAAUGGAUUAUAGCUUUCUGAUUGGUACUAACAUGACGUCUUUAUAUAGGUCUGCUAUGUUUGGGAAACAGAGGUUAUCUUGUAAUCUCAAUGUGGAUGAUGGUUUCGGAAAGCCGGGAAGUCUGAGCAUACAGAAAAAGUCAGAGAAUGAAAGCAUGCUCUUGGUUGUACAUGAUUUUUGUGUGCAUGCUGCAUUGAGCUAUUACGUUUUAGCUUACAUGAUAGUGCAGUUUGAGUAUGCCAAACUUCAGGCUGUGAUCACUGCCAUUGCAUGCAUGAAAAUACCGGAGGGUGAAGAUGUAGAUGAAAUCAUUUCAAAAAGAGAUAUUGACGAAGAGGAUUUAUUGAACGGUCAGGAGAUUACAACAUACAAUGAUGACAGAGAUCUGAGUGGUACAUAUUUCAAUGAUAGUAAUAUAGCCCAAUUGUCCAGUAUGGAUGGUGGACUUCAAGAUGAUCUCACUAUGGAUGAUCUCACAAAUGAUGAUAAUUAUUUUAGGGAUUCAAGGGACAUCGAUAAAACUAUACGGAUGUUUUUGAAUAAAGAGGAAACUGCCACUCCUGUUUACACCCCAAGUCUUUCAGCAAGAAAAAAUGAUCUCAGUUUAUUUACAUUAAGUCCUAUCACGUUUAUAGAUAGAACAUAUCAUGUGAAUCUGCUCAACAUGGUAGCUUCUGGUAGUGAAGUUUCUGGUUGUGAAGUUUCUGGUUGUGAAGUUUCUGGUAGUGAAGUUUCUGGUUGUGAAGUUUCUGGUUGUAAUUCAUUCCAGGCAUUGAUAGGCUCAAGUGCAUUAGGUAUUUCUGGGAGUGAAAUGAGGAAGCUAUACAGCCCAGAAACUUUGUCAACAGUUCAAAUGAAGUUUACUACAGAGAAAGAACAUGAAGACCUGUCGAAUGAGAAAGUUAGCGCUGAAAUAAUGACCAAAACAGCCUAUCAAUCAAAUGUUAUACACCGUCCAGCAUGUAACUUUGGUGCUACUAGUCUUUUUACUUGUAUUAAGAAUUUAAUGAUAGUCCUAUUGUGUUUUGGGAUGGUUAACCUUACAGCAGGUGGCCCUGUGUUGGAUAAGGGGAAAAUGGAUGACAAAGAUGGAGGGGUUUAUCUAAAAUUCCCACUGUUAGAAUCAAAUUGGUGUCAAAACCCGGAGCAAUCAACAGACACCUGCCCAAACAAAGAUAGAUUCAUGGAAUAUAAGGUUACAUUCUGUCAGUAUAAGUGUCCUGAUGGAGAAAAGGUCCUGUGCUUGGAAAGUGAAGUCGGAAUGGUAUUCUUCUGCAUUCCAAAGGAUAUAAGAUGUGUUAAAGGGAUUGGCUGGCAGGUGGAAGGUAUUGAGCACAGAGGAUUUGAUAAGUUUGUGACGAUAAAGGAAGGUACUUGUCCAGCUGGCUUCUACCAGAGUCGGCCAUCCAAGUGCUAUGACGCCUGUAAAGACGAACAUGAACCGAUACAUCUGAUUCCACUGGCAUUUAAGAUCGUUUCUUUGGGAAACAAUACCCAUCCCACAAUGCUGAGGUGCAAGCAUGAAGAUGGGUUCUACAAUCCUAAGAACAAGUCAUAUAACAGAUUCAAUCAGGAUGAUUUUCAAAAGGAUUUCUGCAUUAAUGUCAGAGAUUUGAAUCCCUGCAAAAGUGGACAGAUGCCUUUGUACAAUGGAACGUGUGUGAAUCAUUGCAGUCCUGGAUAUGUGAGAGAUGAUACAGACUUCUUUUGCAAAUUAAAUGGAACAUUAGAGCAUGCAGGCAACAAUUCAUCAGAGGCAGGGCCAAAAAAAGAGAUAGAAGUUGGGAAAGAAGAGGGAAAAGAUGGUGACAGUGACUUUCAGAGAAGCAAGGAGGGAAAUAAAUCCGGGCAUCCCAAUCAGUUUCCAGGGUAUUUUAUAGUUAUAUGUAUAAUAGGGUUUGUUAUUAUUCUGGUUGUCUUGCUGGUAGUAUUAAUAAAAGUGUUCUGCUUUCCAAACAGAAGUGAAACAUCUGGUGCCUAUUCCCAAGUGCCUACAGAUUCUAAGACAUCAUCUGAAGUUACACUUGAAGGUACUGACAAAGGCAAGUCUGGGGAUGUUGAAAGUAUUAGUUUGGACACUUUCUCAACUUCGGAAGGUACUGAGAAAGGCAAGUCCAGGGAUGUUGAAAGUAAUAGUUUGGACACUUUAUCAACAUCAAAAGAUGGUGAUGAUGCGAGUGAUUCUCCAUCAGACGAAGAAAGUGAAAGUAAAGUUGAUGAUGAAUUAUUUCCAAAAGAAGCCAUUGACAUACAGACUUUGGCAGAGGAAGAGAUUAGCCCAGUGAAGUCUUCUUCAUCUAAGAGUUCAGGCUUUAAAGUAAAGAAGAAAUAUGACAAUAAUCUAUUUAUUGCGAUUGAUAAAGUUGGAACAUUAAACUUUGGGUCUGUGUCCAGUAACAAGGACACAAGUGGUCUCAUGAAAAGUCUAUGUGAUGGACUACAAAUACCGGAAGAAUCUGUGAAAAGUUUCUUUGUAAAGAAAAUGGACUCGGAGAAGAUAGUUAGUGAAAAAGAUGAGGAAGGAAAUGGACAAGAAGAAGAAUUAUCGCAGGAUGUUGAAAUACUGACACCAAAAGUGGGAGGAAAUGUGACAUCAGAAGUGGAUAGAGGGGCCGGGGAGGAAUUUGCAAGCCCAUACAGUAAAACCCUGACACAGCUUGUUGUUAAUGGGUUUGCUGAACACAUGAAAUCAGUGGGGGCCCUGAUUUACAACGGAGAAGUCAUUGGAACUGUCUCCCGAGCAGGCGACGAUUAUCUUAUUACAGCUUCCCAUGUAAUAAGAAGAAUAAUUGACCCAGGCAAUACUGGUCAGGCUGAUUUUUCACUCAUUGAAGCAGAGAAUGUUUUCAUCAAUUUCAAUGCUUCUGUAUGUGAAACACCAGAGUAUAAGUUUAGAGUUAGGCAUGUCUUCUUAUCAACUGACACACGACGUCUGGACUUUACAAUUCUACAGAUAACGAACAGAAAUGAUGCCUUGCCAAAGGGACUGAAGUUGGAUAAAAGGCCUGGUAACACACGAACAAAAACAUUACAUGGAAUUGGGUAUGGUGACCCUGAAAACCCAUACUGUAAGGUGUUAGAUAAUUCCUGUCCUAUAAUUCCCUCAAUAAAUACAAGAAUUCUGGAUUGUGAGACAUGGCUUUAUGACAACAAUCGUGGAUUCCCAGAUCAGAAUGUACCCCCAGUUGCACAAAAUGGAGCAUAUGCUGGGACUAAUCGAAUACAACGUUUUAGGGCACUUGUUCAGGAGAUGGGGUCUGAUCCUUGUAUUGUAGAUAAAGGUUACAAGUAUAUUGAUAGGGAACAAAAUAUUUUCUUAGAUAUUUGUUUGGAACACCGAGGGUCUGGCUCUCCUUUUCUGACAAGUGACGGAUUUGUCAAGGGUAUACUUACUAAUGGUCAUCCAGAAUUUUUUUACCUGCUUCCUAAACUUGUACAGGCUGGCUUUCCGAGUGAUAAAAGAUUUGAAUGUAUUUUGAAAUUGGAAUAUGUACACCAAAACAUUUCAGAACGGGACCCAGUCUUAGCUAAUAAAUUGUUUGGCUAAAUGUCUUACCAGGGGCUUAGUUAUUUUAAGAUUGCCUGUACAAAUUGUCACCCGAGACCUCUCAAGAUUUUUUGAAAUUCCUUAGUUGUCUGUCCUUUUAUAGUUUAAUAGAAAGACCAGUUUAGGUCUCAUGAGAAAUAAGAAUGAGUUAUGGUAAAGAGCAUAAUAGAUUUUGCUUCAUCUGUCCAUCAUUUUGGCACCAAGUUAUAAUUGUACAAGUUUCCUUUUGAAUUCAGGUUUAAGCAUAUGAAACCUUUUAUUGCUUUUGAUGUUGUACCGAUAUGUUGCUAAGGUUUUGCCAAUUUAACAUGUUACUCCACCCAUUUUGAUUAAGCACAUAUGUACGCAUCCAUUAUUUUACAACAUUAUGACUGUACUUGUUUAGCAAAACAUACAUCUGUACGUACUGUUACUGUGUCAUUCAACUGCAUUUGUAAUUGUCAUGGUUGUCACUUCUCAUGCAAUUGUUUUAAACACUUCCAAUUAGACACAAUGAGAAGCCAAUUCUAGAAUCUUUACUAGCUCAUUUAAUCUGAAGAUCAGAUCUGUUAGCUGUGACAUAAAUCUCUGUUAUGAUGUUGGUCUGUUUAUUGCAAUUUUAAUCAAUCUUUUGUGACAUUGAUUCAUUGGUUGUGACAUUGAUCCAUCUGUUGUCAUAAUUCAAAUUGCUGUGACUUGACAUGUAAAUGCUGUGGCAUUAAUCCAACUGCUGUGACAUAAUCUGCUGUGUCAAAAAUCCUUUUGCUGUGUCAUAAUUCAAUUUGCUGUGACUGUCAUCUCACUGCUGUGACAUUACUCCAUAAACAUAAAAUUUGAAUUUCUUAUGCAGAUCAGCUGGGGCACUUAAAACAGAAAGAUAUGCAGAAGAUAAUUAAGAAGAUAAAUAAAUUGAAAAUCCACUUUUUGUGCUAUUCUUCAUCGAUUUUAGUUGUAAUGCUUUUCAAAUUUGGUUAAUUGUUCACAAUUAGAAAAAAUAAUCUGGAUAAAAAAACAGAGUGAUCAAAUUAUAUAAAAUUUUGCACACAAGUUAUUGGUCUAGACCUACAUGAAAUGGAACAUUGAUCUUGAAAAAUUAUUUCCAGACCUAAAAUGUCAAAAAACCUCUGUGGAGUCCCUUUAAGAUUUAUUUGCUGUGAUAUCACUUAAUCUUCAGUGACAUUUAUCCAUCUGCUUUGACAUUCAUCCAUCUGCUUUGACAUUCAUUCAUUUGCUGAGCCAUUUAUCCACCUGCUAGGUUUGUGUCUGUUUAAUGUAAAAAUGACUUGAUUUAAGAUGUACUUUUAUUAAGCAUAAAUUUACAUGUAAUGUAACCCUGCAAUUUCAUUGUGCUAUUCUCUUUUAUAUGAAGGGAUAUAGAUUUGAUUCUGUUUUUAUUUCAAUCCACCAGAUCUUUCCAUCUUUAAAAUAGUGUGGCUUGCCUUGCCCUUAAAUGACAGCCAUCCUCUAACAGUAAUACUCAUACAAAUGUAGAUUGAGCAUAUAGGUCUUACUUUUUAUGUAAGAGUAGUCUCACAAGAGUGAUUAUCCUUGACUUAGUCUACUGCUAUGUAAGUAAAUGAAAGAAAAUUUUUAAAAAAAUGAUAUGAUAGUGUUAACUUAUUGAAAAAAGAUGAAUGAAUCUCUGUUUUACUUUCACUUUUGAGCAGUUUUAAUAUUGUUAUGCCCCCACUUCAAAAAAGAGGGGGUAUAUUGCUUUGCAUUUGUCUGUCGGUCCAUCGGUCCGUAGACCAAAUGGUUUCCGAGUGAUAACUAAAGAACCCUUAGGCCUAGGAACUUCAAACUUCGUAUGGUGAUUGGUCAUGACCAGUAGAUGACCCCUAUUGAUUUUGGGGUCAAGGUCACAUUGACCUUGUAGGUAAAAACGGUUUCCGAUCAAUAACAAAAGAAAUCUUAGGCCUAGGAACUUCAAACUUGGUAUGGUGAUUGGUCAUGACCAGUAGAUGACCCCUAUUGAUUUUGGGGUCAAGGGGUCAAAGGUCACAUUGACCUUGUAGGUAAAAACGGUUUCCGAUUAAUAACUAAAGAACGCUUAGUCCUAGGAACUUUAAACUUGGUUUGGUGAUUGGUCAUGACUAGCAGAUGACCCCUAUUGAUUUUGGGGUCAAGAGGUCAAAGGUCACAUUGUCCUUGUAGGUAAAAGGGUUUCCGAUCAAUAACUUAAGAACGCUUAGGCCUAGAAGUAUUAAACUUGGUAUGGUGAUUGGUCAUGAACAGCAGAUGACCCCUAUUGAUUUUGGUGUCAAGGGGUCAAAGGUCAAGGUCACAUUGACCUUGUAGGUAAAAACGGUUUCCGAUCAAUAACUAAAGAACGCUUAGGCCUAGGAACUUCAAAUUUGGUAUGGUGAUUGGUCAUGACCAGUAGAUGACCCUUAUUGAUUUUGGGGUUUAGGCGUCAAAGGUCAAGGUCACAUUGACCUUGUAGGUAAAAACGGUUUCCAAUCAAUAACUAAAGAACGCCGAGGCCUAGGAACUUCAAACUUUUUAUGGUGAUUUGUCAUGACCAGUAGAUGACCCCUAUUGAUUUUGGGGUCAAAGGGUCAGUGUCAAAUUGACCUUAUACUUUAAGAUGGUUUCUGACCAAUGACUCAACAAGUCAAGUUGCCUUGGUUGAUAUUUUUAUAUUAAACUAAAAAUGCUUUUGGUAUACACAUUUGAAGGUCUUAUGUAAUAUAACAACUUGGCUGUCAUUAAUUAGGCCUACAUGAUUCAUAAAAUUUAUGCAUAUUUUAUUUGGUAAGAUUUGUAAUAACUUAAAUUGCUGCACACAACCUAUGGAGUCGCAGUAAUUAUUAUAACCUUGUGACUAGUCAUGAGCAGUAGAUAACCCUUAUUAAUUUUUUGUUCACUGGGUCAGAAGUCAUGCAUAAUAACCUGAUCACAUGACUAAUUGGCUGCCCAUAGGGGGCAUACAUGUUUUAGAAACAUAUCUUGUUAGACUUUGAUUUAUUAGAAAUUUAACCAGAGUUAUGGCCCUUUAUUUAGUCAAACUAAUGGAAUUCCGAAAUUGCUUCGUAUUGUGUUGAGCUGCAUGUUGUAUGGAUGAUUUAAGUUUUAUUAUAUAUCAAGGGGAAUGUGUCCAGUGGUUAUACAUAUCUGGUUGCUUAAUUUAUUUUAAGAUGCUUUUUGUUGUUUUGGAUUUGAAUAUUUAUUGUAUGUACCUGUUAAUAUUUGUUGUUGUUGUUUUAAGUGGCACACCUCCAGAUGAGAAAAAAAUAUCUUAAAGAAAAACUUAAGAAAAACAUUU